CCCCCAAUUUCGCCUGGAUUUUUUUAGAUUGGUAAUUUCGCCUGGAUUUUUUUUAGACCGGUAAUUUCGCCUGGAUUAGCGGGAGUAGUUUUCGGAUCAGAAACUUUUUGAAGUUUUGAAAUUUGAAAUCCACCGCCUAAUUUCCAUUUCCCACGAGGAAGCAACUACUUAUGCGGUUAUGCCGAGAAAUCCGCGGGGGACGCCACGAUCAGUUGAUCACCAUUUCCACCGAUCACCACCAGAGCGAGGAGGAGACGAUGGAGCCGAAUCGGCGGCGGCGCAAGACGGAGGAGGCGGAGAUCUCCGCCGCCGACCGCUUCGCCGCGCUGCCGGACGGCGUCCUCGCCCGGAUCGUCUCCAUGCUCCCUUACUGGGACGUCAUCCAGCUCUCCGCGGUGUGCGCCUCGUGGCGCCGCCUCCGCCUCCACCGCGCCGCGCCCGUCGUCAACAUCGACCUCCGCGAGUUCGUGCUGUUCGGCGCCUUCCUCCCCGGGUACGUCGUGCUCGGCCACCGCGCCGCGCUCCACCGGAUGCGCCGCCCCGUGGACAAGCUCAGGCUGACCUACUUCGCCGCCGACCGCUGCAUGAACGAGGAGGCCAACGCCAUCAUCAGGGCCGUCGCCGCGCGCGAGAUCCGCAUCACCAUCUGCCACGGCCCCGGCGGCGCUCGCGCUGCCCGCGCGCGCCGCCUGGACGAGUGGGACGUCGACGUGCCCUCGACGGCGACGGAUCUAGACGUCCGCGGGUCUGGCUACCGCGCGCCGGCCGUCUACGCCGACUGCCUUCGGGUGCUCACCCUCUAUCACCUGGAGCUCCACGACGCGCCGCGCCUCCCGUCCCUCCGUUCGCUGACGCUCCAGAGCGUCCUCGUCGCCGCGGCCGUGCCGUUCGCCCCGGGCAAGUGGUGCCCGCAGCUGGAGAGCCUGGAGAUGGAGAGCUGCACGGUGGAGUACCGGCAGGUGGACAUCCGCCUCCAGCUGCUCAAGCUGCUCGUCAUGGACGACGUCAGCGUCGGCCCGCCAUGCCGCAAGAACGACGACGAGCCGUUCGGCCAUGUCACCGUCGACGCGCCGGCGCUGGACGAGCUCGUGGUGGUCUGCUCCACCGGGUGGGCCGUGGAGUACGCUUCGUUCACGCUGCGCGCGCCGGCGCUCCGCCGCCUGUGCUGGUGGGAGCAGUUCGCGGGCCGCGUCGCGAUCGACGUCGGCAUGCCGGGAUCCGUCACGGAGGGCACGAUCGAGUUCAAGUCCAACGGCGAGCUCGAGGAGAUGUCCUGCCGCGAGAUGAGGUUCUACAGGGCGCAGCUGAUGCAGAUGCUCCGCGGGAUCCUCCCGGAACGUGCCGCCGGCGAGGAUCGCCGACGUCGCACGGCCUUCCAUGACGGCGAGGACGACCACCGUGAUGGACGACGGCGAGAUGAUCCCGGAGGAGAGGCUCACCUGCGACCUUCGACGCCUCAUCUCGUCGCGCCACGUCUGAUUUCUGCCAUGAUCGCCGGAUCGAUAUCCACGAACAUAUGAUAGUAUUUUCGUCUGAUUUCUUACCUGAUCUGCUGUCAUAUACCUGAUCAACCUAUUUGCUGUCGUUUGGAUCUUGAAAGAAAUAUUUAUUGUCUGGUUGUCCGAAAUGUUUGAUUCUUUCUCCUGCAAAAUGAAUGCUAUA